GUUUGUAUCCGGUUUCUCACUUGGAAAGUCAUGAGCUCGGGAAUCUUAGCCACAUUCCUCCGCGCGCGGGGCCUGCCGCUCCUCGGCCUUGCAGCUGCCGCCAUCUACUACUAUGACAAGUCAAGUGAUGUGAUUGCGUUCAUGCAGGUGUACGGGUGGUUUGUUGUCUUGGGCAUUGUGGGACUGCUCUACUUGGACCAUCAGUUGGCUAUCCAACUUACACAUUGGGACCGUCAGCAGUCCCUCGACGCUGCCAACGACCCGAAUCGGGUGCAGAUCCUCGAGGUGGAAGCGCGUCGAGCCAGGGAGCGCCAACAGGCGAUCAUGGAAGAACAAAUCAAAGCAAAGCAGGCGGAAGCAGCACUCAAGAAGAAAGCAAACAAGCCGUCGAAACCUUCCACCACCACUAGUCGCGACUCGAACCCACUCCAAGGCCAAGGGGGGUCUGCGCGGUACAAACCAUCGGGGUUCCAGCGCCCACGUGGUGGAUGACGUUAGCUCGCUCACGUUAUCGCCGUGGAAAAGCAAUAUGGACGUCGGAAUGACGUGGCAGCACCAAAAGACUCGACGUCGCAUGCUGCCACCGACGCACGUCCUGCCCUUUCGUUUCCAUGCGAUAUAUAUAUAUAUAUAUAUAU